UUUGUCAGCCGAACUUUCUGGAACCUGGAACAACGUGAGUAAGAUAUUGCGGUGGGUUGCCGGUUCCGUGGUAGGAUGGUUGGUCUUUCCAGAGGGCCGCAUGUUAACGCGCUGUUUGCCCUUUUCCUCCAUAAUUGUUUCCUGCAUCCUGUUGUAGUUACCCCCAACCACAACGCGUGUUGAUUGGAAAGCAUCCGGUAUUGUCGUCGGAUUCCACCCUUUCCCGAAGAUGCCCAAUAAACCGGAUUUUAUUGGUGUUGUUGGCUGCAAAGUUUACACUAGGUAAUUACAUAGUGCAAGACGUCGCUGCACUCAGUAAGCGGUUUGGUUCCAUUUUUGAUUAGCAGACAAGAUUCGCACGACGGAAUUCAAGAUUUGUACCAGCUUCGCCAUCCAGUGACUCUACGGAUUCCUGCAGAGUUGGACGUAUCCCGAACUACCGCCAGAAAUCGUAGCCCAGGAUGCAUCGCCGGUUCAAAUCGGGGGCAACAAGGAUAGACAACAAUCUGGUGACCCCAUUGAAGGUGACCGGGAUAUCUACGGCCCCUAUGACCUCCAAAUGUUGGCCUCCAGCUGUUGAGAGUUUGAUAUUGGUAUCGUGUCGACGUUUGCGGCUAACAUGGCGAUUCGACAAUCCUCGCGGGUGUUCCGGAACAGCAAAUCGAACCGACGUUUUUCGUCCCACGGAAUGGAAAGACUACGGAAGAUCCGCACCAUGUCCAGGUAGUAGUCUUGGAAUUUCUCCCUGGCUCCCUGUCGACGGUUACAAGCCUGCCGUUCGUAAACGUAGUCCAUAUCGACAGGUCGAUGCGCAACAACCGCUCGCAUUGGUUUCUCGUCAUGCUCGGAUCGAACGGGAUUUUCCGGAUAUUAAGCUCAUGCUCGGGUUCGUCGAUGGUUAGAUGAGCUGGGUUCAAGGCGUGGUACUGCGAGAGAAGGUGUGACAUCUCCAUAGUUGUAAUAUCACAGGUGAAUAAAAUUUAAUAUGAAUUUCCUAACUAUUCUAAUUACGUUCCACAAUUUAAAUAUCUAAGCUAAAAAGUACAAAAAUAAGCUUAAACGAAAAUUUAUCCAAUCACAAGCAAUACAGUACAAUGCGACUAGAAUAAAACGUUUGGGUAGUGGGUUACAAAACUAUAGUAAAUUAAAAUUUUCAAAUUAGACUAUUAAGUUUAAGAAACGUAAGCACAGACGAAACAGUUUAAAACGACAAUCAUAAUCGAAUAGCAAAGUUGACUAGUAAUAAG